AUAAUUUGACCAUUUUUCUCUGUGUAAGAUCGAAAGAUUUCGUUUUGAGGGCACCACAACAUAAUUUGGCCCAAAAUCAACGCCGGUUCGUGUUCCAUAGAACAGCUUUUGUAUUCCUUGGAUGUAAUUGUCACUUUUGGGAUAAAUUGGAGCACAAAUGGAGGAACUCCAUCCACGAUCAAGGACUAAAUAGACGCAGGAGACUGCGAUGUAUACCGAGGCAUGACACAGCUCUGUGAUAUCAUAGACAGAAAUCAGAUUUGAAGCCUCUUUUAUUGUUUAGUGUAGGGUGGCCAAUCUGGCUCCAAAAGCCCUAUUAAUCCGUAUCCACACCCAUGAGUGGCAAUCAGAGACGUGAUCGGGACCGCGAUCGAACCGAAGAACAACGACGGGUUUCUAAAGCAAGCGCACGAGGCAUGCACAGCAACCGGACUAGUAGCAGUGGGUCUGGGGUGUUGAUGGUGGGGCCCAACUUCAGAGUCGGAAAGAAAAUAGGGUGUGGGAACUUUGGAGAACUGAGGCUAGGCAAAAAUCUGUACAACAAUGAACACGUGGCAAUUAAGUUGGAACCCAUGAAGUCUAGGGCACCCCAGUUACAUCUAGAGUACAGGUUUUAUAAACAACUGGGCCAGUCAGAGGGUGUUCCCCAAGUCUACUACUUCGGACCAUGUGGCAAAUACAAUGCAUUGGUUUUGGAACUUCUUGGGCCUAGCUUAGAAGAUUUGUUUGACCUCUGUGACAGAAAAUUUUCCCUAAAAACAGUGCUAAUGAUCGCUAUCCAACUUGUUACAAGAAUGGAGUAUGUGCACUCAAAACACUUGAUAUAUAGAGAUGUCAAACCAGAAAAUUUCCUAAUAGGAAGGCAGUCAGCCAAAAAACAACACAUUAUAUACAUUAUUGAUUUUGGCCUAGCCAAAGAAUACAUAGAUCCAGAAACCCACAAGCAUAUACCCUACAGAGAACACAAAAGCCUGACUGGGACAGCCAGGUAUAUGAGUAUAAAUACUCAUUUGGGCAAAGAGCAGAGUCGGCGGGAUGAUUUAGAAGCAUUAGGCCACAUGUUUAUGUAUUUCCUUCGAGGCAGUUUACCUUGGCAAGGGCUAAAAGCUGACACUCUCAAAGAGCGCUAUCAGAAGAUUGGGGACACAAAACGGGCCACACCGAUUGAAGUAUUAUGUGAAAAUUUUCCAGAGGAACUAGCUACAUAUCUCCGGUAUGUUAGGAGGUUAGACUUUUUUGAAACUCCAGACUAUGACUACUUACGGAAACUUUUUACUGAUCUCAUGGCAAAGAAAGGAUGGGAGUGUGACUGGGAGUUUGACUGGACUGGGAGACAGUUGUCAACUCCAUCAGGAUCUAUUCACACAACAGAAGGUGCCACUUCUCCAAACAGGGAUGGCGAAGGGAGAGUCAGACACAACACCCAAACCAAUAAGCAAUCAAACCCAAGGGGUACUGCAUGGGGAGAACCACAGAGACCUAAUAAUUAUCUGGGUCCUAAUCUUACUCCUGCCGAUCGGCAUGGGGGCUCUGUUCAGGUUGUCAGUUCCACCAAUGGGGAACUUGCACCGGAUGACCCCACAGCAGGACACUCCAACACGCCAAUCACUGCUCAGGCAGAGGUAGAAGUGGUGGAUGAGACAAAGUGCUGCUUCUUCCGUCGUCGCAAGAAAAAGAAGACGCGUGCCCCUCGCACCAAUUGAAGAAUAGGACAUUGAUAAGACUUUGAGUCAAUGAGUCAUUUAUUUUUAACAUUGAUGCACCAGUGGGACACAGUGUAAUAAAUAAAUCAUUAUUUGUUUGUAUGAUUCUGAUUGGUGCAUCCCCUCCUACUUUUCACGUAGGUGUUGCGGCUGCUUUCGUCAACAGAAGAAAAGUAAAAAGAAAGCCACGACGACAGCUCAACGAGGCAAAUGACAUGGGGCUUCUGACCAGGACCAAGACACUGUUCCUUUGCACAGAUUUCGAGGAAGGAAAACUGCAGACAGUAGUACAGAGGAGAGUCGCAGCUAGAAAUGCCAGCCUGCUGGGAGACCUCCCAGUGCUCCAGAAGGCCUAAUUCUUAUUUAUUGUCUUGAGUCAUUAUACACCUUCAUUUGGUUUAAGUCACACAAGAGGAUUUCUUACUUUUAAAAUCAGGGAACAUGAAAGACACCUUUGGCCCCUGUGCAAAUUUAAUGUCACAUGAAAGAUAGGUAUCACAGGAUAGUAACUUUUUUGUUUUGUUUUGUUUUUCACAUGUGAUAAAACAGAUAGUCUUUGUUUGCUUUUGGAAAGAUGUUACUGGCUUGAAUAUGUCUUUUUCUGCGGCAGGCUGUGAACUGAACGGUUCAGAGACAGUGAUCUGUGAUUUGCUGUGAUGGACAUGUGGUUUCAAACAGAUGUCAUAAUCACUCUAGUCAUAUCAUUGCAGAUGGUGCCUUGGGCUUGGUCAGAAAGAACUAUUGAAAGAAAUAUAUAUAUGCGUAUAACUUUAAAAAUCUUUGACUCCUAAAGACAUUGGGAAUAAUGACACACCUUAUUAAUAGCCAGACUCUGCAGAGAAGAACCAUGACACUUCUUGUUGUUUAGGAGAAGUGUCUUGUGUAAUUUUUAUUAUCUUCAUGAUCAAAGCUUCUUUUAACUGAGCACCCAAUAUUCAGUCUGCUGUUUGUAGUACUAGAUGUACAUUUCCUAUCUGAAACUAUAGGGAGGGAACAUGCUUUAUUUCCUGGUGUAUAUAAAAAAAGCAUAUUUAUGUGCCACGCAUGAUAAUCAACUGGUGGCUCCCUACCUAUUUGUCACUUAGACCUCAUACUUGAAAGGAACAGAGAAAGAAGGAGAAUCAUGUAAAUGUAUCUCUUUGUGUCAAAAAUGUCAGUGUAACCAAGCUCAGGAUACUGACAUUCUACAAGCAGCUGUAUAUUUGCUUCUGAAAUGUGCUACAAACUUCAUAUUAUAGAAGCCAUGUUUGUAAUGGUGGUAGGAUAAUUGGCACAAGACGCUGCUUUCAACAGAGGGAGAACACAGUGGUGUAAAUGACAGCUUGUUUGAAGUUCUUUUUAUGUACAGACACAAAGUGUCUGAGCAUAAGAUAGUAACCAGUGUCCAGUUGUCUUGGUUUUCAAAAAGAAAGUUGUCCUGGCAGACCUAGGAUAAUGACAAGCCCAAAUUCCAAACAGUUCUGCAUUACAAUAUACGUGUAUUUUGCUCAUUUUAAAUCGUAAUAGUGCAUUCAAAAAGUAAUAAUCAGGUUUUAAAGCAAAUCUUUAAUGUUUUUGAGAGAAACCGGUGAUAUUAUAUAUAUAUAUUGAGACAUGGAAAUGAGGGAUGACAGCUUUGUUACCGAUUUGACCUAGGUAUAUAAGGAUGCAAUGCACAUUUCAGCAAAUUCACUUUUGAGAAAUGCAUUUGCUGCAAAGACCAAUAACGUACAAUAUUGUCCUGAAGGCAUCUUCCUAUUUUAAUUUAGUCUGUACAUUCUGUCAGCUUUGCUGUCUAAUUAGUUAUCAUUCAUUCCCAAAGAUAUCAUAUAUGUUCUACUAUUAGAGAGGGCUCCCUGAGUUCUCAGUACAUUUGUGAUACAGUCUAAUGUCAUUGCAUUUGGUGGAGCAAACAGGUCAUUCAUUUAUUCUCAUUUUCAUUGAAUCGUACACCUGAGAGCUUUGUGAGAGUUUGCUUUACACAAAUAUAAACUGAAGGGAAAGUGAGGCACAAAGAAUUUCAUUUAUUUACCCUAGAAUGCAGAUUCUUGCUAUGACAAUACCAAAUGUAUAAGCUGCGUCUCAAAUUAUAUCAGACUUCUUAGAAAAAUCCAGUGAUGACAGUGCAUGGUUUUGUAUCACUUAGGAAGAAAAGCUGAAGGAAGCCUGGGUUUGCAAAGAACCUGUCACAUCUACCUUGAAUAUCUUUGUGGCUGAGGUUCCAUAAAGGAUAUUUUACUUCCAAGUUGUAAUUGCCCAUUAUCUGAGACUGCACCCAAGUCAGUUAUGGCUGAACUUUUUAUUUGUAAUAUCAGGGUUAAGGAAUUUUUGAAAAAGUGUCGAAUUACAGUUUGUUAAGUUCAAAGAUUCAAAUGUCUGUUCCUUGGAAUAUAAGAUAAUAGGUCUAUAAUGUUCAAGUUGAACAAGAUGUAGUAGUUUGUGAUUUUAAGUAGGAAUUUGCCCAUCUCCUGUCACCUCUUUUCAAUGGUCAGAAUGUAAAAGUGACAAGGCAAAGAUCACAAGGACUGUAUCUCGGCAACUACAACAUGUGUAAAUGUACCAAAUCCUCUAAGAAUAUGCCAAGAUGCCUGCCAACUGGUACACUUUCACCAUUAGACAGCUAAAUAUUCUGAAAAAAAUGAUCAUAGGUCAGUUACCAUGAGGUAAGUGAUGUAACUGCACUGAUGCAUUUUACAAGGCACUAGUUUUAUUAUCUUGUUCUCAGGUGUUUGAAAUAGAGAACGCCUGAAGAUGCCUAUAGUGUUUUGAACUUGUGCAAAAAGCCUCCUUAAUUUGUUCUUCAGUCUGGGGGCCUCUUUUUUAUUAUCUAUGAGAAAUGGGAUUUGGAUUCUCAUGACAGUAAGGUUUAAUUGAGGGGGGUCAGGGCAGGACAUUGUCGCAACAAAUACUGUCAUGGAAAUGCAAUCUUCGAUUGUACUCAUUUUGCUUUCUGGGAAUUUAGGUCAAGUUUGUAUGAUGGAUCAUUAAUUGUAUGGAAGUAUUAAUCUUUUGUUCAAAUUAGCCAUGCUGUGGUCUCCAGAAUAAAAGUCUUGUGCAACACA